AUGUACAGUGCUGCGGCUCAACCACAAUCGCAAGCUUCUAUUCCUCAAGGCCAUCAAUCUGAUGGCAAUAUUGCUUCUAAGAACAAAGCUUUGAACGAUGAACAAAUUUAUCAGUGGAUAUCUGAAUUAGUUACUGGUACAAAUAGAGAACGUGCAUUAUUGGAAUUGGGUAAAAAGAGAGAACAAUAUGAUGAUUUAGCAUUGGUAUUAUGGAAUUCAUUUGGAGUUAUGACAGUAUUAUUGGAAGAAAUUAUAUCAGUUUAUCCAUUUUUAAAUCCGCCAAUAUUGACUGCAUCAGUUUCUAAUAGAGUGUGUAACGCAUUGGCAUUACUUCAAUGUGUGGCGUCCAACGUACAAACAAGAGGGUUGUUUUUAAGUGCUAACUUACCAUUGUAUCUUUAUCCGUUUUUGUCUACUAAUGCAAGACAAAGAUCAUUUGAGUAUUUAAGAUUAACAAGUUUGGGUGUAAUUGGAGCAUUAGUUAAAAAUGAUACACCGGAGGUGAUUAACUUUUUGUUGACGACUGAAAUUGUUCCAUUGUGUUUGAAUAUUAUGGAAAUUUCCUCAGAAUUGUCUAAAACAGUGGCUAUUUUCAUUUUGCAGAAAAUCCUUCUCGAUGAUCAAGGUUUGUCAUACAUAUGUACGACAUAUGAAAGGUUUCACACCGUUGCUUCUGUUUUAUCCAAGAUGAUUGACCAACUAAGUGCCACGACGAAUACCCAAACCCCUCAACAGCCUUCGAAUAGUUCUGGAAGGUUGCUAAAGCAUGUCGUUAGAUGCUAUAUGAGAUUAUCGGAUAACCUAGAAGCUAGAAAGGCAUUGGCGAAUAUUUUACCUGAGCCAUUAAGAGAUGGAACUUUCUCUCUUAUUUUACAAGAUGAUGUUGCUACAAAAAGAUGCUUGGCUCAAUUGUUGUCGAAUAUCAACGAUCAACAAUAG